AUGAAUGAUGCUAUUGCUAGGCUUGAGCACUUGAGGUACAUCUAUCUGUCAUCUACUGAGGAAUAUAAUCUGAGCAAAAUAUUUAAUCUCAGUCACCUGGAGGUCCUUCAGAUCCUGAAGAUAGAGAAAGAAAACAAAAGUAACUCUAUUAGUAUUAACCUACCUCACUUGCAGAAACUGCAUCUUCCUAAAAGUACAUUGUCCAGGAUCCCUUACAUUGGUAGGCUGACUACCCUUGGAGAAGUGAAUGGAUUCAGUGUGAAAACAAAAGAUGGCCACAAAAUAACUGAGCUGAAGGAUUUAAGGAAGCUCCAAAAAAUCAGUGUCCUUGAUGUCCAAAAUGUUAUAGAUCACAGCGAAGCUUCUGCUGCUGAAUUGGAUAAGAAAUUGGACCUGAAGUUAUUGUCUUUGGAAUGGUCUACUGAUCAAGCUAGUUUCGAUGAUAUGGUGCUUAAUAAGCUUGUUCCUGACAGUAAUCUCAAGCAUUUAGUCAUUUCCGGAUAUAACGGCACUAAACCUCCAUUGUGGAUGGAAUCUAAAUACCUUUCCAAUUUGGUAUAUCUGAAGCUUGACGGAUGUGUGGAAUGGGACAAACUCCCUCCAAUUGGCUAUCUAUGGACUUUGAAGCAUCUGUUUCUGAUGCAUCUACCAAAAUUGAAAUAUAUUGCUAGUUCAUCUUACAGUACUGCCACAUAUGGAUACAGAAGCACCAUCCCUGAUGGACUGCCUCCUCACCUUAUCACUUUUGUUGUAAACGAUUGCCCAUGCCUGUCAGAGAUACCUGGUUUACCUUUAAGUCUGCAGCAUUUGGACAUUGGUAGAGUUGGAAUGUCUAGUCUACCGACCAUGUGUGAUCACAGGGGGCUAAGGCAUGCUUCUAUGAUGGAGUCACAGCUCUCCAUUUUGAAUAUAGAAGCUUGCAAAUUUUUGGUUUCUCUAAAUGGGUGUUUCUUACAAGAGGAACAUUGCAAAGCUCUCACUGUCUUAAGCCUGGUUCGUUGCCACAUGUUGAUUUCCCUUCCUGAUGCACAAGUUUGUUUAAGGAUGCCUAAAUUGGAGAGUGUUAAAAUCAUUGAAUGUAGCGAGUUGUCAUCCUUGGGUGGACUAGAAGCCCUUUCUUAUCUUAAAUUACUUAGAAUAGAAUAUUGUGCCAACUUGCUCGGUGCUUCAUCGUCAAGACUUCCUCCAGCAUCAGAAGAAAGUUCUUAUCUUAAGCUUGAAACACUUGAAAUUGAUGACCAUCUGUUACUUGCUAUCAGUCCAUUAAGGAAUUUGUGCCUUACUAAAAGACUUAUCAUGUUAGGAAGAUCAAAAAUGGUUGAGUUACCUGCAGAAUGGUUAUUACAGAAUAGAUCUCACCUAGAACAUGUAGAAAUAAGGAAUGGAGAACUGUUGGAGUCACUGCCGAAUAUGAAUGAAAUGCACACUCUCCGGAGCUUGAUUCUGCAUAACACUCCACUCCUUCAGUCGCUGCCAUUUAUGCCACCAAACCUAUGGGUCCUUGUGAUCAACGGUUGUUGCAAUGCGUUACAUGAGAACUACAAGGCUAGUGGUUCUGAGUGGACAAAGAUAUGCCGGAUCCAUACAAACUGCAACCUCACUUCUGAAGUAAUGAUAAAAGACGUUGGCGUGGCUUUCCACGCUUUACCAGCUAGUACAACAUGUCCAUGAAGAGUUCUUGGUGUUGUCAUGAUGAUCAUAUGGUUCAUGUGGUUGUCACGGAAUAGGGAACUCCUCAAAAUUAUCUAAGGGGUGGUCAGUUUAUUGCCAAAAUAAAUCCUAUUAUUUAUUGGUAAAACCAUUUUACAAUGUAAAAGUUUACAAGCUAAAGAUUAUACCCUUAUG